AUGACGAUACCCGAUACCGGCGAGCUGCAGAAACACCUGCCGAACAUUAUCCUUCAUGGACGAGGCAAGUUCGUUCGCACUUUCGCAUUCUUGGACGAAGGCUCGUCGGCGACGUUGAUGGAACACAGUUUGUUGGACGAAUUAAGUCUUGAAGGCGAGUCGUUCCCCUUAUGUCUCGGCUGGACGGGAGAUCAUCAACGUCAGGAGAUGAAAUCCAUAAUGCUAGUGCUGGAGAUUUCUGGAACGCGCGAUGCGGAGAUGUACCGGAUGUCGAAAGUUCACACAGUGGAGAGCCUUUCUCUACCACGGCAGACAUUGAGGAUGGAGGAGCUAGCAUCAGCCUAUCGGCACUUGGAAGGCGUGCCAGCGGAUUCCUAUCGAAAUGUUCAGCCACGAAUACUCAUCGGCAUGGACAACUGCCGCUUGGGUCACGCGUUGGAUAGCAGAGAAGGAGGAAAGGAAGAACCGAUCGCCACCAGAACUCGUCUAGGGUGGAUAGUGUUCGGACCAUGCUCAAAGACAUCUCAUCCAACGACGAACUUCACUGCGCACCACAGCCUUCACGUGUGCCCAUGCUGCGAGCGAAGCGACGUAGAUCUUCAUAAUAUAGUGAAGGCGUAUAUGUCUCUGGACAGCACCGGGGUAACGAGUCCCGUCAAACCGUUGUUAUCGAAAGACGACGAGCGAGCGGAACAGUUACUGAAAUCAUUGACGCAUGUGGAAGGAAAACGGAUAGAAACCGGUCUGCUCUGGCGAUGUGACGAUGUUCGAAUGCCUGACAGCAAACCAAUGGCAAUGAAGCGACUAAUCUGCUUGGAGAAGCGUAUGCAGCGAGAUCCUGUGUUGGCUGAGGCGGUGAAGGAGAAGAUUCGGGACUACGAACGAGCCGGCCACAUCGAAAAACUGACGGCAAGCCAGCUAGCCGAGAAAUCCGAACGGGUUUGGUAUCUCCCAAUUUUUCCGGUGGUCAACCCUAACAAACCAAACAAGAUGCGCUUAGUGUGGGACGCAGCCGCUAAAGUCUUGGGAGUCAGCCUGAAUCCAUUUCUACUGACAGGGCCGGAUCAAGUAACCUCCUUGGUAUCUGUGCUACAGCGCUUUCGAGAGUUUCGCGUUGCCAUCACGGGCGAUAUUCGAGAAAUGUUUCUCCAGAUCUUGAUGAACCGGCGCGAUCAACAGUGUUUAAGGUUCCUAUGGCGAAACGGUGAACAAGACCGCAACCCAGACGUUUACGUUACGAGAGUAAUGACAUUCGGAGCGACAUGCUCGCCCAGCAGCGCGCAGUAUGUUAAGAACUACAAUGCGCAGCGGUUCCAAGACCAAUUCCCGAGGGCAGCAGAGGCGAUAAUGAAGGAGCAUUAUGUUGACGACAUGCUCUCAAGCGUAGAGACGGAAGAGGAAGCGAUACAGUUGGCGAAAGAUGUGCGACACGUUCGUUCGGAAGCAGGUUUCGAGAUCCGGAAAUGGCUGUCGAAUUCGAGUCGAGUGCUGCUGGAGUUGAAGGCGAGUCCCGCGACCGAAACGUUCACCUACAAGUUAUCGCCGAGGAUCAACGAUGAACUGCUGCGAGGUGACAUCGUCCCAACGAAAAGGCAGAUCCUCAGCACGCUUAUGACGAUCUACGAUCCCCUGGGAUUAAUGGCGCAUUUCCUAAUGUUCCUAAAGAUACUGCUGCAGGAAAUUUGGCGGAGUGGUGUAGGCUGGGACGAGUCUGUCAAGAGCGAACAGCUAGUGAAAUGGCAGACAUGGUUACGGGUACUCCCGCAAGUGGAAUCGGUCUGUGUGCCAAGGUGUUACCGACUGAAGACGAGCACGGGAGAGCGGAAUACGAUUCAGCUGCACGUGUUCGUGGAUGCGUCGGAGAACGGCUUCGCUGCAGUCGCCUAUCUGCGGUUCGAAGAAAAUGGAAAAGUGGAAUGUGCACUCGUCCGUGCAAAGACAAGAGUAGCCCCGUUGCGUUUUGUGUCGAUUCCCAGACUAGAACUACAAGCCGCAGUCAUUGGAGCCCGCCUAGCGAACGACGCUAUGGAGACUCACAAGAUGAAGCCCACGCAAAGGGUUUUCUGGACGGAUUCACGCAACGUUCUCUGUUGGUUGGACUCCGAUCACCGAAAGUACCAUCAGUUCGUAACGGUGCGGAUCAGCGAGAUGCUAGAGUUGACGGAGACGACGGAGUGGAACUGGGUCCCGACGAAGCUGAACAUCGCUGACGAUGCCACGAAGUGGCAGACGCUGCCGGAUCUCUCUCCUACCAGCCGCUGGUUCCGUGGCCCUGAGUUCAUGUGGGGACCGAAAGAAGGAUGGCCUAUCGUUGAGUCAAGGUUCGAACACACCGCAGAGGAGGAACGGUCUCAUGUACUGCACCAUUUUGUCGAUCGUGCCUUAUUCCGAUGGGAAAACGAUGGGAAAAUAUAUAUAAAAAUAAAGCGAUGGGAAUAUAUAUAG